CCUAAAUGCUAAUUCCUUCGAAUUAAAGUAAAUUUUGAAUGAUUUUUUUUCAAAUUCAUGUGCUUCUUGUUCAUAAUAUCAUAAGCAACAAUUGAUACCGUUUUGACUUGAAUCACAUGCUCGGAAUGACAAUUAUGUGGCGGGUGCACUGAGUGCACCCGAAAAAGUGGGUGUACCGAAUACGCCACUAUAUAUAUAUAUAUUUUUUAAAUCUUCAUCGAUAACUUUGGAUGGAGCCCUAUGUACCCCAGUUGCCCCCCAGCUGGUAGCGCGUUUGACUGACGCGGUGCCAGCUUCUUGCGUCUUGCCCCCCAAGUUGUUGUAUUUCAUUAAGGCGUGUGGCCUUCACCCAUUGUAGAUUCUUCAUGGAGCUCUCCUCGUCGGGGUUUUUUAACCCUCAGUUUGGAGUCUUCAAGGCAAUAUGCUCUCUCCUCGUCGGAGUUUUUAACUCUCAGUUUGGAGUCUUCAAGGCGAUAUGCCCUCUCCUCGUCGGGGUUUUUAACCCUCAGUUUGAAGUCUUCAAGGCAAUGUGCCCUCUCCUCGUCGGGGUUUUUAACCCUCAGUUUGGAGUCUUCACGCAAUGUGCCUUCUCCUCGUCAGGAUUUUUAACCCUCAGUUUGGAGUCUUCAAGGCAAUGUGCUUGUCGGGGUUUUUAACCCUCGAUUUGGAGUCUUCGAUGCUCUUAUUGAAGUCUUAUUUGUGUGCUUCGUUGAGACUUAUUUGUAGCUUCUUCGGUGCUCUUAUUGAAGUCUUAUUUGUGUGCUUCGUUGAGACUUAUUUGUAGAUCUUCGAUGCUCUUAUUGAAGUCUUAUUUGUGUGCUUCGUUGAGACUUAUUUGUAGCUUCACCGAUGCUCUUAUUGAAGUCUUAUUUGUGUGCUUCGUUGAGACUUAUUUGUAGAUCUUCAAUGCUCUUAUUGAAGUCUUAUUUGUGUGCUUCGUUGAGACUUAUUUGUAGCUUCACCGAGGCAAUGUGCCCUCAUUAGCGCCAUUAACGCUCAGUAAAAUAUUUCAAUAUUUAAUAAUGAUAAAGAGAUAGAGUACAUAGCUUUAUGUUGGCGAAGCGGCGGCAGGAGUAGUUGAAAGGCAGACGCUGCGCCAUUAAAACACAAGGCUUAAAUGUAGCUUGUUGGUAAUGUCGCUUUUCUGGCGGAACAGUGGCGCGGGUUCGAGGACUGGCGGUGACGACAUUUUUUUGAAGAGUUCUCUGUCGGUUGAACGCCCGCGAGUUGGGCCGCCUACAGUGCGGGCCGCGAGUGUUGAGGCGGGCACGCGGGACGCGAGUUUGGGGCCGAUCCGCGUGGGCUAUUUGUGCGGGCCGUGAGACAAAGCUCGAGACGGUGCCGAACUGGUGGCUUGACGUUGGGCCGCGAGCCUGAUAGCAGGCUUGGCGUAGAUUGAUGCGGAGAAUCAUGAAGCGGUCUCGCGGUGGUGUGCUGGCCUAUCUUCGGUGAAUGGGCCGCGAGUUAGAGUUGAGGAGCUUUUAAAUAGCGCGCAGCACCCUCGAAUCACAAACAAGGUUUGUAGCCUACUCGUUGCUCUGCUUGUGUCCAAAGGUUUGGCGCGAGUUCAAACACUCGCGUGGACAAUAUUAUUUUUGUGACUCUUGAAACUUGGUAUGGGGCGCGGGGGUCUAACGUGGGCCCAUUUGUCCCAAGCGCGGUUGGCGAUGAGGCAGCGGGCUGGGCAGGUUGGGCCAGUGGUGCGGGCCCGUUGGUUUCCUUCACGCAGGCUUGGUGCGGGCGACACUUAUGCUGAAAAUGAUGACUCUGAAGGGUCGGGUCUCGCGGAGGAGGUGGAUCUGCCUGAUGUUAAGUGGGCCGUGUUUGGAGUAAGGCCCGCGUUGCUAGCUUUAGGCGGCGGCGAAGUGUCCUGGAGCUAGUGGUGGAUUUGAGAGGGCGGAUCGGGCUUGCUUUUGAGCAAGGCUGGAGCGGGCCGGACUGUCGCGAGUUGGCCUGGCGGGCGACUUCUUGUCUUUCGACGGAGGCGGUGAGAGUAGUGACCACUGGGAGCGUGUGUGAGCGGGUUUGGGAGACAGGUCUGUCUCAAUGUGUUUGCCUCGGGAAAAGAGAAAGUGAUGUUGAUGUAAACAGUUUGCUUUUUGACUUUGAUAACAAAAGGUAGAAGAAGUUUGUGAAAGAGCAGAAGAAGGGUGAUGUGACUGGACCAAUGACUAUGGGCUGAUCGUUCUUCCUUUCCUCGUCGGAGUUCCAAUGCCGCACUUUUUUCCGGCGGUCAAGAUUUUGAAACUUUUCUGCAAUUUUUUUUCUUCUUUAGCUGGCCAUUCUAGAUAACUUGAGCCUUCUGCUGUUGACUUUGAAUCUUCUUCUUCUUUGUGCAGGUUGGAUCGAUGGGGGCUGCGGAAAUAUGGUCUUCGCUUGUAUGAAACAUGACGGCGAGGCUGACGGCGAGUGAUGAAGAAGUGUCGAUUCCGCCACUACUUGUAAAAGGAGAGCAAAAAAUCCUCUCUUCUCGUUGCUUGUGGCUUUCGUUUAUAGCGGACGGAGAUUUGUUGGCUGCUGCUAUGAAGCUUGCAGAUCUUUCCGGCGAGUUUUUUUUUUUGUAGUAGAGCCGAAUGGUGGGUACCGGGAUGAUAUUGCCGUCGUAGAAUCGAUUUUCCCGACCUCCGAAAUCGAACGAAUGGACCUCCGAAUCCAGCCCCAUGGUGGGCGCCAAUUGUUUGUUCCAUCUAGCUCCGGAUCGAACAAUAAUAUUUGUAAGUGUGGGGUUGACUCACGAUCCGUUCGUCUGAUCUCGUCGGGAGGGAAGAAACCUGUGAAAGAGCCGGGGUUGCCCCCCGGAUUAAGCUCCGACGAUCAAGUUAGUUUCACUUUCAGGAAAGAGUUGGGAGAAUAAGGUAGAGAGAUAAAGCGUAGAGAGAUAGUGGAAAGUGAGGAGAGAGAAGAAGUCCCCUCCUUUGGAGGGCUUCAAGCCCUUAUAUACCUGUACGGGUAUCGAGUGUUGCGCAUUGUCGAUUGUGCGCCCUCCUACUUAGUCUAAGCACGAAGUAUUUCAGUAACACCCCCAACAAAACCUAUUUGUUGCACUGCAUGAGUUGGUCUUGGUCUUGCUACUAUAUGACUUGAUAGUUGAUACCAUGCUAAUGCAUUGGGGCGAUAUAUGGUUCGAUUGUCACUAUGGAGAAUCUCACUUGUGAGUGGUAUUGGUCAGAUUAUGUGAUCACCUGCUACGUUACCACGAGUGAGUCGAUGACAAUGGUUACCUUCGACCUCAAUGAAGUAGUAACUCAGCUGGUAUUCCUAGUACAAAGUAAAAUACAUGCAAUGGUUCCUCUCAGAAGAAACCAGGCACAUAUAUGUAGCAUAACCAGUCCAUUGCAUACUUUACAGAUGUGUGCCCAUGCAGUGUCUGCACCGGAUAAUAAGCAAGCUACAAGAGACGGUAUAUAAUACAAGAAUAAGUAAAGGUUUGGUAG